AGUUGGAAUGUUAUACUCCUCUCCAUCUUCGUUUAUAUUCUUCUUGAUUUUCUCUCCAUUUCUUUGUUUGAAAAAAAUCAACAAGCAAAGAUGCUGUGAUUUUGUGAAGGUUAACUUUAGGUCCUUCAAUCUUUGAAAGUGGUUGACAAAAAGAUGCAACCAAUUUGUUAAGGCAAAAGAGAGUAUGUGAAGCUGUGAAGUUGUGAAGUUGAAGGUUAACUUGACGUCCUUCAAUCUUAUUGAGGCUGAAGAUUUCUUUGAUGUCAAGGAGGAGAGACACUAUGGAUGUCCUUUGUCAGGCCUAAACAUCGGACUACUUCAACAAUUCUUCCACGUCCAAACUUAGCCACGUCGUUGAGAUCUUGGGAUUUCUCAUUCAUGAAAGCAUUAUUAAGGGAUAGGACACGUCAGCAUAAGAAGCUUUCAAAUAAGUUGAUCAAUGCUUUGCUAGUAGUAUAUGCCCUGAUCCUUACUACCACCUACCAAGCUUGCCCUAGCCCACUAAAAGAUCAGUUCUUACUUGAAAGGAUUAGUAAAAGGGAUGGAGGGCUUGGGGUUAAGGAUCUUAGACUUUUUAAUCAAGCAUUACUUGGAAAGUGGUGGGGUAGAUUGGCCAAGGGUUCUCCUGGGUUGCUUUUUAACCUGAUUAAAGAAAAAUAUAGGUAUGACGGUGGAAAUUGGUGUAACUGGGUAAAAGAAGGGGAGAGCGCAAGGUCCAAUUGGUGGAAGGAUUUGUGCAGGCUAGAUGUACUAGAGGAGAAUAAAAGGGGUUGGCUGUCUGAGGGCUUCCAGAUUAGGAUCAGUAAUGGAGAGAAAGGCUUCCAAAUUAGGAUCGGGAAAGACAACAUAAUUGAUGAGAUGGGUAGAUGGGAAGACAACAAAUGGGUUUGGAACCUUCCUUGGAGACGCACCCCACACUCUUGGGAGCAAGAUUCCAUGCAAGAUUUCAACAAGCUUCUCAAGGAGACCAACCUGACCAUAGGGAAGGAAGACACUUGGACCUGGGAACGAGAUCAGUUGGGUGAUUACUCUACAAGCUCAAGAUACACUGCUUUGGUCCAACAUCAACCCUCACCAUACCGAAAAGUUUUUGAGAAGAUUUGGAACCCCCUUAUUCCUCACAAAGUCUAUGGAUUCACUUGGUUACUACUACUUGAUAGGAUUCCCUCAAAAUUCAACUUGUUGAAAAGGGGAUUAAUUAAGGAGAUGGAGGCUGUUAAGUGUAGCCUUUGUGGACGGAAUGUGGAAGACAGCAACCAUCUUUUUCUCCACUGCUCAGUUACUGCAAAAAUCUGGUCAAUGUGCUUCGAAUGGUGGGGUUUCUCCAUUGCUAUUGCUGGUUCAUGUUGGGAUUCUUUCAUCCAACAUGAAUCCUUAGCUACUAAAAGUAGUGAACGACUGGGUUGGAUUAUAGUGUGGUUUUCUCUUGUCUGGACCAUUUGGACUACCAGGAAUGAGAUAAUCUUUAGAGGUAAAUCGAUGGAUUUGACAAAGACUUUCGAUCAAGUUCAAGCUCAAGCCUUCCUCUGGGUCAAGAGCAAAGGAAAUGAAGUACAUUUCUCUGACUGGAUCUUAAACCCCAAGUGCUGCAAGUUUUUGUAAAUGGGUCUCCCAACGCUAUACUGUUUUUUGGUUCUUCAUUCUAUUAGGGAUUGACUAAUGUAUACUGGUUUGGGUACCCCUUGUACUCAUUCAAUUAAAUCUUUUGCCUUUC